AUGACCAACAUUGAAUCUCAUUUUUCUGCACUGCAAUCCUCUUUGGUUACGAUUACUCAUUCCUUGGAGAAAUUGACUGUUAAGUCCCCAAUUGGAGCAUUGGACUUGUCAUCAAAGCUUUUGCAACACGCCGAUUAUGUUCGCUCUUGGUCCACCUUAGUCACCCUCAGUGCUCGGUUGUUUAAGCUUUCGCAAGCUUCGUCCGUUGUCACACUACUAUCUACUUUUAGGGGUUUAUUGAGUGUAAUCGUGUUUGUGGUUUGCUUGAUGGGGAAACUUCGACAGCUUUAUUCAGCCUUAGCUUGCAAAACUCCUUUGCUUACCAGUUCAACCGUCAACACUCCUCAAAGUGAUGAUAGGUGA